UGUACUCUCUAGAGUCCUUGAGUGAGUGGUGACCUUUAUUCUGAAAAGCACUUGGCGGAAGUUAUAUUUGGUUGCCAGCCGCUUGAGUGAACACAGAAGGAACUUUCCUCUCCCUCCCUUCAUCUCAGCAAGAUGGACUGGAAUGAGGACAGUAAUAGUCACAGCCACAUGGGUGAUAGCUGUCAUCAUGGACAUGCUGGUCACUCUCACAGUCAUGGGCCGAGAGCAGCAGCAUAUGGCGGGCUGGUGCACGGCUACAUGCCUGGUUUUCAUGGACAGUUUGGCAAAAACACAGAUCAGGCAAUGGAUUCCAGUCAGCAGACAAAGAAACGGUCACACAUGGAUGACAGCAGCAGCUGGGACAUAGUCAAGGCAACACAGUUUGGCAUCCUAGAGCGCUGUAAGGAGUUGGUGGAAGCAGGAUAUGACAUCAGGCAGCCGGAUAAGGAAAACGUCUCUCUGCUGCACUGGGCAGCCAUCAACAACCGCUCAGAGCUGGUCAAGUAUUACAUGUCAAAGGGAGCAGUGGUAGACCAACUUGGAGGGGAUCUCAACUCCACUCCUCUUCACUGGGCCAUAAGGCAAGGCCACCUCUCCAUGGUGAUCCAGCUGCUACGAUGUGGAGCAGAUCCAUCAAUAGCAGAUGGAGAAGGUUAUCGCAGUCUCCAUCUAGCCAUCCUCUUCCAGCAUAUGGCCAUAGCUGCAUAUCUCAUGGCUAAGGGACAGGAAGUUGAUGGCCCUGACUGCAAUGGACAGACACCACUGAUGUUAGCAGCACAGAAAAUUAUUGGACCAGAGCCCACUAACUUCUUAAUCAAAAAUAAUGCCUCGGUGAGCGCUGUGGACAAGGUGAACAGAAACACUCCGCUGCACUGUGCCGUGUUGGCAGGGAAUGUCGACGCCGCCCACAUCCUGCUGGAAGCCGGGGCCAGUGUGGAUGCAGAAAACAUCAAUGGUCACACUCCCAUAGAUCUGGCCCACCAGGUGCACAGCCCCCUGCUCAUCCACAUGCUCAACCACAUUAAACAGGAGAGGAUUCGCUCCAACUCCCGUUGCCUUCGGAUAGCCAACAAAUACAGGGUGUUUUUGCAGUUUUUGCUCUGUGUGACUGUGUUUGGAAGUGUGGGUGCCAUAGUUGACAUGAACUCUGAGUCCUGGCUGCUUAAAGGGAUCCUGCUAGCCUGUGUGAUAGGCGUGGUCAAUCUUCUCUCAAGGAAUUUGCCAGGUCCAGCCUUUCACUCUCUUCUUCCGGCUACAUCUCUCAUGGCGUCGGUCUUCUGGAUGCUUAUCACCUGGUGCCUCUGGUUCUUGCCAGAUGGGCCGAGCGCCACUGUUCAGGUUCUGUUCACUCUCAACGCCACUGCUGUGCUGUACUACUACCUCCGCACCUGCCGGACUGACCCCGGCUUCGUCAAGGCAACUGAAGAAGAGAAAAAAAUGAAUGUGUUGGUGUUGGCUGAGGCUGGCUGUCUAGACCCCAGGAUCUUCUGUACAUCUUGUAUGAUAAAGAAACCCAUGAGAGCCUACCACUGCUUCACUUGUGAUGCAUGUGUGGCGAAGCAGGAUCACCACUCCAUCUGGACCAACAGCUGCAUCGGUGCCAGGAACCACCACUUCUUUGUUCUCUUCCUGAUGUCCUUCAUGAUGCUGGGAGCUUGGAUGUUCUACGGUUGUCUUAUGUACUGGUCAAAUCACUGUCCGAUGCAUUACAUGGAGCAGGGACUCUGGGGUGCCGCCUCUGCUCUGGUCAGCUGCUCUCCCUGGGUGCUCUGUGUCUUCUUCCUGGCCUUCUACCACACCUCCUGGUCCGCCAUGAUACUGCUGUUGCAGCUUUACCAGAUCGCUUUCCUCGGACUGACCACCGCGGAGAGGAACACCCUCAUGCACCACCAGAGGAAACUCCCACAAUCCAUCUCUCUGCGACAGAAUCCCUACAAUUUGGGCGUCAUGCGGAACCUGGUGUCCUUCUUCCAGCUGCGUUGCUGUGGCCUUUUCAAGCCGGCCAUCAUCGACUGGACCCAGCAGUUCACGUCUGGUCGUGACCAGCACGUGUUCGGACACCCCGACAUGGUCUGACAAUCCCACCCCCAACCCCUUUAGGGCCAAGGGGCAGAUUAUACAAUGGUUCUGGGCCAAAAGCACAGGGCGUAUUUAUUUAUUUUUUUACUCUUUGGCUCCUUGUGAAGAGAGACCACUAUAUAUAAAGGGACAAAACACAAAGCGAUGCAUAGUGAUUGCUUUGUUCAGUUGCUCUUUGUACAGACUGCUGCUGCCUUAUACUUGACCAGAAUAAGUGAAAUGUAAAUCACAGAUGUUGUAGUUUGGGUGAGGUUCAUCUUUAAAAAGGCCUAAAUUGUAUAUGAAGUUUUUAAUUGUCUUUUGUUUUUGAUAAACACGUCAAGCCUAUUUUUUAUCAUGGUUUCUGGAAAAAAAAGGAUCUUUCUAAAUGUAUGUUUUAUGACUUUUGUAAAAGAGGCAUGUGUUUCAUAACGAACAACCUCGCUAGUGCUCUGAUAUAUCAAUGUUGUGCUUUUCUUUCUAACAGGCUCAGUGUAGACUCACAGUGCAUGCUGUCUCACAGCAGCUGUUCAUUACCCUUUAAGAAAGUUAUGUCCUCAAGCUUUUCUAUUCAAAUAGUUCACUGGUCUGUUGACCACGCACACCAUGUACACAGUUUGUGCUUUGUUGCAAAAUCAACCACAAAGGAUGGUCUUGUCUUUCAACAGCCUUAAAUAUCCUGACAGGAGAGUCACUGUUUGUGCUUUAGAUAUUGGUUAAAUUACAGCUUUUGAUUUACAUAUCGGCAAUAGUCUGAAACAUCAGUAACCAUUGAAAGUUAUGUGCCAUCACGUCAUUGCACUGGAUACUGAAAAUAAUAAAUGCAAGGAUUUUUUCACUUUUGGUUUUGCAUAA